CAAACAGUUAACGUUGACCUUUGAGACAUAAUUGAUUUGAUUUAUAUUUUGUCAGCAAUGCGGAAUUUCUUGCUCUUCUUAUUUGCUCUUCAUUACAUCAGUUUAGCUUGCUUUGUGUGUGUAUCUGCGUGGCAAUCAUUGGAGUUCAUUAUUCCCAACUACUCAUCUACUAGUGGAAGCAACUGUCUUAACCAUGGGAAGACUUUCUGCCUAUUGGGUUUUCACUAUCGGUUCAAUCGGGCAAACUGGAAUUGGGACGUGGGCGCGGUCGACCGGGAAUCCCGCCAUUUCACCUCCAUCAUGCUCCUGACUUACAACCGCGUCAAUUUCUUCUCUUUCUCGCGCGACAAUUUCGGUGGUUGUUGUGACUUCCAAGAGAAGCAAUAUCUACUCGAGGGUUUCUCUAAAGGCCUCACAGCUCAACAAUACUAUGAGAAACUCACCGAUUUCUCACUCAGGCCCGUCAAAACACUCAACUGGAUCAAGGCCUAUUUCGAAAGCAAAAUCUGUGUGAACGUCAUUACCGAAAUCGGAUUUGGCGAGGGAGAAUUGCGGUACGGCGGAGAUUUUUCGCCUGACCUUUCAUUCGCUUUUCCUUAUAGACUCGACCAACAAAUUGUAAUUUUAUCAGACUCUCAGUUAAUGGAUGGAUACCUCACUUUUGCCUGGUUCAAAGCGAAUUUUAUUUGUAAGGAUCAACCUUGGAUAUGCGAGGGCGAACCCUUGUCUCAGCAUCGAUUUUUGCUUCAAACGCAGGAUUCCAACCUGAAGAACUCACACACAUUUUCAAAGGAAGAAAUGGACGAUUUAAGCUAGCAAAUGUUUAAAGUUUUAAUGUUGAUAGUUAGAAAUUAAAAUAAACUUUGAAAAUAAAUUGAGAGGUAAUUUCUCAUGAGCGACGAGCGCGGAUCAUGGUGGUUUUAUCUGGCUCGAGCCUUAUUAGAUGGUUUUAGGUAUUAAGAUAAACAGUUUACGAAUCCACUCAACAACAAACUCAAAGAUGUAACAACUAACACCUGA